AUUCCUGUCGUGGAACUUUGCCAGACGAAGGGCUACCUAUAGGCAUUAGUGAGGGCAUACAAACGACAUAGCGGUUGCCGUGAUGGACGUGAUGUAUGCGUGUCGCUGCUGCCUGCGGCGUGCUCCGGACAAGGACCUGACGACGCCGUACACACAUCUCGGCAUGACGGAGAUAUAUGCCGACAUGAUCAAAGAGUGCUUCGAUAUACAUCUGGUGGUGAGCGGCUCGGGCUCAUACGGCAUCUGCUCGGCGUGCGUGGGCCGCCUGCGAGACGCGAGCGACUUCAAGCUGCAAGUGCAGCGCAGCCAGGCGGAGCUGCAGGAGGCACUGCUAGUGAAAGAGGAAUCUGCGGUCAAGGGUGAGCUGGCUGAUGAUGCGGAUGAAGACCUUGUCUCCGAUGCGUUAUACGAAGUCCCGAUAAAGUUGGAGUUGGAUACGCUUGAUGAAGAUGAGACGGGAAAAGUGUUUGAUGAGGACCCUCUAAUAAAGUCGGAGACGUGUGAGGAUGUGCCGAGUGACUCGGGGUCAGUGACGGCGGAGCCGGGGCCCCCGUGUUCUCGCGCCCUUGACGGAAGCACGCCGAGGCACAGUGGAGAAAAACUAUACGCCUGUGAAGACUGUGGCAAACAUUACAGAAAAAAGUACACUUUGAGGAAACACAUACAACACAAACACUUAUCGUCCGGACAACAUCAGAAACAUACUAGUGAGAAGCUGUAUAAGUGUAGCCAUUGCGAUUACAACACCAUUCGAAAAUCAAACUUACGUGCUCACGAGAGGAGACACACCGGGGAGAAACCAUACACAUGUAGUUACUGUGAUUUCAAAUGCAGUCAUAAAUCUACCAUACGAAAACAUCUAUACACGCAUACAAACGAACCAAAGAAAUUUAAAUGUAGCGAUUGUAACUACGUGUGUAGCCAGAAAGGACACCUACUAAGGCAUCAGAUGAUACACACCGGUGAAAAACCUUAUUCAUGUAGCCACUGUGAUUUCAAAUGCAGUGAUAAGUCGAGUUUGAAUAAACACCAAAUGAUACAUACUGGGGCGAAGCCAUUUAAAUGUAACUAUUGUGGCUACCAGUGUAGACAGAAAUCAAACCUACACAGACAUCAGUUGAGACAUGUUGAGAAGACUUUUUAAUGUUAUUGUAAGUUGCAGAUGCAAUACAAACACGUCAAUUGAUACAUACCGUAUACAGGGGGGCUAAAAAAUAGCUAUAUAUUCCCAUUGUCAGCGAGGUUUUGGGAUUAUACCGAGCAACUUUUACUAUGGGAUUGGUCCCCGAAUCCCCGAAUCUGCUAGCAGUGGGGAGACACUCCUGACUUCGGUCGAACUCGGCUCCGCUCGGCUCAGCAUUGCACCGAGCAAUUUUUGGGGUUGGCACCACGUGUCGUCCUUUUGCGUGCACGACCACAGAUAAGAUAAUCACUUGAUUUUUGACAACCCUAAAUAGCCGAAAGGGAUAGUGCCAUGUAUUAGAAAGCAUGAUACGACCCAGGGCGGCUACCGCGAAAGCCGAAAUUCGCAAAUUGCGGGGAUCUU